AUGUCGUCGCUCAGCAGAGAAUUGGUUUUCUUAAUUCUUCAGUUCCUUGAGGAGGAGAAAUUCAAGGAGUCUGUUCACAGGCUUGAGCAGGAGUCGGGUUUUUUCUUUAAUAUGAAAUACUUUGAGGAGAAAGUGCAUGCCGGUGAAUGGGAUGAAGUUGAGAAGUACUUAUCUGGUUUUACAAAAGUGGACGACAAUAGAUACUCUAUGAAGAUAUUCUUUGAAAUAAGAAAGCAAAAGUAUCUUGAAGCUCUUGAUCGGCAAGACAAAGCAAAGGCAGUUGAGAUUCUUGUGGGUGACUUGAAAGUGUUCUCAACCUUUAAUGAAGAUUUAUAUAAGGAAAUUACUCAGCUACUAACACUUGGCAAUUUCAGAGAAAACGAGCAGCUUUCCAAAUACGGUGACACAAAGACAGCUCGCAGCAUAAUGUUGAUAGAGCUAAAAAAACUUAUAGAAGCAAAUCCUCUUUUCCGUGAGAAGCUUGUUUUUCCUACUUUGAAGUCGUCUAGAUUGAGAACACUUAUUAAUCAAAGUCUGAAUUGGCAGCAUCAGUUGUGUAAAAAUCCUCGUUCAAACCCAGACAUUAAAACCUUAUUCACUGAUCAUACAUGCACUCCUCCAAAUGGUGCUCUUGCACCUGGUCCUGUGAAUCUUCCCACAGCAGCUGUUGCAAAGCCUGCUGCUUACACAUCUCUUGGAGCACAUGGGCCUUUUCCACCUGCAGCAGCAGCCAACGCUAAUGCAUUAGCUGGUUGGAUGGUAAAUGCUGCUGCUUCUUCAUCUGUUCAAGCUGCCGUUGUUACUGCAUCAUCAUUACCCGUCCCACCUAAUCAAGUUUCAAUUUUAAAGCGCCCAAUCACACCCCCGGCAACUCUGGGUAUGAUUGAUUAUCAGAAUGCUGACCAUGAGCAACUGAUGAAACGCUUGCGUCCUGCACAGUCAGUUGAGGAGGUAACUUAUCCUACUGUCCGCCAACAGGCAUCUUGGUCUCUUGAUGAUUUGCCUAGGACUGUGGCAUUCACGUUGCAUCAAGGAUCUGCUGUGAUAAGCUUGGAUUUCCAUCCAUCACACCACACAUUACUCCUUGUUGGAUGCAAUAAUGGCGAGUUAACACUUUGGGAAGCUGGGAUAAGAGAGAAGUUGGGUUCAAAACCUUUCAAGAUUUGGGAUAUACAAGCUUGUACUUUGACAUUCCAGGCUUCUGCUGCUAAGGAUGCACCAUUUUCUGUGACCAGAGUUACGUGGAGCCCAGAUGGAUCUUUUUGUGGAGCUGCAUUUUCCAAGCAUUUAAUCCAUUUGUAUGCAUAUGCGGGACCGAGUGAUUUACGUCAGCAUUUGGAGGUAUGUUGUACUGGCUUGCUGCUUGUUCCAUUCAAGGUGAGAGUUUAUGGAAUUAAUUUUUAUCCCGUUAUGCAGAUCGAUGCUCAUGCAGGUGGAGUGAAUGACAUUGCAUUUGCUCAUCCAAAUAAGCAGCUUUGUGUUGUAACCUGCGGUGAUGAUAAGUUGAUAAAAGUGUGGGAUUUAACUGGAAGAAAGCUAUUCAACUUUGAAGGCCAUGAUGCACCUGUUUAUUCUAUAUGUCCUCAUCAGAAAGAGAAUAUUCAGUUUAUUUUCUCCACUGCUGUUGAUGGGAAAAUCAAAGCUUGGCUGUAUGAUAAUAUGGGAUCUCGGGUCGACUAUGAUGCUCCUGGUCAUUGGUGUACCACUAUGCUAUAUAGCGCAGAUGGAAGCAGAUUAUUCUCCUGCGGGACAGGAAAAGACGGGGAUUCAUUUUUGGUUGAAUGGAAUGAAAGUGAAGGCGCAAUUAAGAGAACAUACACUGGGUUCAGAAAGAAGUCGGCUGGUGUUGUGCAGUUCGACACCACUCAGAACCACUUCUUGGCUGUAGGUGAAGACAGCCAAAUAAAGUUUUGGGAUAUGGAUAACACCAAUAUACUCGCAACAAUUGAUGCAGAGGGUGGUCUUCCUAGUCUUCCACGCUUGAGAUUUAACAAGGAAGGGAAUCUGCUUGCUGUUACUACUGCUGACAAUGGAAUUAAGAUAUUGUCAAAUGCUGCUGGCAUGAGAGCAUUAAGGACUGUUGAGGCCCCGCCUUUUGAGCCAUUAAGAUCCCCGUUAGAAGCUGCAUCCAUUAAGGUUUUUUUUUUUUUUUUAUUCUUCUUUUCUGUCCAUUUUCCUUUAGCUGAUGGACGGUCGUUGCAUGAAGCGUGUAUUUCCCUCUCUUUUGAUCAGGCUUCUGGAUCAUCUGUUGCAAAUGUUGCUCCUUUGAGUUGUAAAGUAGAAAGAAGCUCUCCUGUUAGGCCCUCUCCAAUCCUUAAUGGCGUAGAAACUCUGGGUAGGAACGUGGAAAAGCCUAGAAUCUUGGAUGAUGUUAAUGAUAAGGUGAAACCCUGGCAGCUAACUGAAAUUGUAGACCCUGGUCAGUGCCGUAUGGUAACCAUGCCAGACAGUACUGAUGCUACGAACAAAGUUGCUCGGCUUCUUUAUACAAAUUCUGGUGUUGGCAUAUUGGCCCUUGGGUCGAAUGGUGUCCAGAAGCUCUGGAAGUGGGGCCGUAAUGAGCAAAACCCGAGUGGAAAGGCCAACGCUAGUGUUACUCCACAACAUUGGCAACCGAACAGUGGUCUUCUUAUGACUAACGACAUCUCAGGCGUAAACCUCGAGGAGGCUGUCCCGUGUAUUGCUCUUUCUAAGAAUGAUUCUUACGUCAUGUCUGCUGCCGGUGGUAAAGUCUCGUUGUUCAACAUGAUGACAUUCAAGGUCAUGACGACAUUUAUGCCGCCACCACCGGCUUCAACAUUCCUAGCAUUCCACCCACAAGAUAACAACAUCAUAGCUAUUGGAAUGGAGGACUCGACUAUUCACAUUUAUAAUGUGAGAGUUGACGAGGUGAAAUCGAAAUUGAAAGGCCACCAGAAACGCAUUACCGGACUAGCUUUCUCCACCACCCUCAACAUAUUGGUCUCAUCUGGUGCCGAUGCUCAAGUAAGCUUUUUUCUGUCAGUUUAG